AAUAAAGUAAAUAAACCGAAAUAAUUUGUUUAAAAGAAAUAUGCUAAUCAAUGUUAAUAUUUAUUAAAUCUAAUGUGGAAUCAAUAAUUCCAACCAACUUAUAAUCUUUAUGCAUAGCCUUAAUAACCUUUCUUUUAUCCUAUCUAUAUUAUACCUGUAAUUAAUGCAAAUUAUGGAUGUACAGAUGGAAAUUUAAGUAAUUCUUUAACAACCUAACUAACCUAAUAACCUUCUUCUAUUGCACCAUCAGAAACACCUUUUUAACCUUCUAAUUAAUCUUUUUAUGAUAAAUAAGUUUAAGAAUCUAUAGAAAGUCUUGAAUCGGCUGUUUUGAAUAAUAAAACUAAAAAGUAUUCACAAUAAAAAAGUCUUUCAUAAAAAUCUACAAAUAUAUAAAAAAAUUAUGCCAAAGUUAUUGUCCAAUACAUUCUAAAACAAAGAAUAGAAAUAUUAAAUUAUUUAGGAGAAAAAAAAGGUAUAGAAUUUUUAAAAUUACUAACUUAAUUGAAAAAUAACAUUAAAAAUGUUAAACAUAUAAUAAAGUAUACUAAUGAUGAAAAAUAAUAAAAAUUGUUCAGAAUCCUAUCAAAUAGGUUUCUAAAGAAAGAAGCCAUAGGAUAUGUGUAUAAUUCAAAUGUUUAAUCGACAAGCCAACAUAUUUAGUAUAGACAUCUAAUCUAACUUAAUUUAUAAAAAUAUUGAGUUUAUUAUUAUAUUCAACCUUG